AUGGGGAAAGAGAACAUAGCGAAGAAGAAGCCUGACAAAAAAGGCAUGAAGAAGACGGGACCAGAUGCAGUGGCCAUGAAAGCCAAAUCCCAGAAAGUAGACAAUCCAUUUGAAUCAAUCUGGUCUCGCCGGAAGUUCAACGUCCUCGGAAAGAAGCGUAAAGGCGAAGAACGCCGCUUGGGUCUCUCACGGUCUCGCGCUGUCGACAAAAGGAAGGAAACGCUGCUGAAAGAGUACGAACAGAGCUUAAAGUCUUCAACUUUUCUCGAUAAGCGUAUUGGAGAGCAGAACGAUGACCUUGGAGAGUUCGAUAAGGGUAUAAUCCGAUCUCAGAGAGAGCGUCAGAUGAAAUUAGCAAAGAAGAGCAUUUACAAUUUGUCUGAUGGGGAGGAAGAUAUUUAUGAAGAUGGAGGUCUUGGUGGUUCUUCUUUGAAGGAUGAUUAUGAUUCUGGAGCAUUGUCAGAUGAAGAUCUUCAAGACGAUGAUCUUGAAGCUGCUGAAGCAAAGAGACUAAAGCAUCUAAACAAAAACAGAACGCAUGAAUCAUCUGAAGAGGGAGAGAGGCGUAAGAGUAAGAAAGAAGUGAUGGAAGAGAUCAUCAUGAAGAGCAAACUUGGCAAGAUGGAGAAAGCUAAGAAGACGGAAGAAAAGGCGAAGCUGAUGGAUGAGCUUGAUAAAGACUUCAAGUCCUUGGAAAAUUCUCAUGCGAUGGCGAGAUUAACUCAAGACUUUGACCUCCCUGAGGAUCCAGAGGAUCAGAAAUAUAAAAUGCAGGUAGAUAUGAUGUCGAUGGACAUUCGUGCUCGUCCUUCUGAGAGGACAAAGACGCCUGAAGAAAUUGCUCAGAAUGAGCGAGAGAAGUUAGAGGAGCUUGAGGAGGAGCGUAAGAAGAGGAUGCAAGAAACUGAGGAUUUGAGCGACGGGGAUGAGGAAAGUGAUGGUGAGGAAUCAUCAAAGAGGCUAAGGCCCAUUUCCGGCGAUGAUCUUGGUGAUGACUUCUCAGUUGAUGAAGAGGUGCCGAAAAAGGGAUGGAUUAAUGAUGUCCUUGAAAGGAAGGAUGAUGAUGAUGGUUCUUCUGAGGAGUCAGGAAGUGAAGGAGAAGAAGAUGACGAGGAAGGGGAGGAGGAGUCAGAUGAGGAUGAUCAGAAGCAGAGAAAAAGUCAUUCUUUAAAGGAUUGGGAACAAAGUGAUGAUGAGCUAGAGGCAGAGCUGGAAGAUGACACUGACGAUGAUGAUGAUGAUGAAGAAGAAGAAGAAGAAGAAGAAGAAGAACCAAGAGUACUUAAAAAGUCAAAGAAGGACAAUGCUGCUCCUGAAGCUGUGAAACAAAAAACCAAUCUGAAGAAAUUGAGUUCAUCACAGCGUGAUAUUCCUUUCGUGAUUGAUGCUCCAAAGAGUUUUGAGGAAUUGACUGCUCUAGUUGAAGAUUGUUCCAACUCAGAUGUUCUUAUAAUCAUCAACCGAAUCCGGACUUCAAAUUCAAUCAAGCUUGCAGCUGAAAACCGGAAGAAAAUGCAGGUCUUCUAUGGUAUCCUCUUGCAGUACUUUGCCGUGCUUACAAACAAGAAGCCCUUGAACUUCGAGCUAAUAAAUCUACUUGUCAAACCUUUGAUUGAGAUGAGCAUGGAGAUUCCCUACUUUGCUGCUAUAUGUGCCCGCCAGAGACUUCUAAAGACCCGUUCACAAUUUUGCGAGGCUAUCAAGAAUCCAGAGGAUGGAUGCUGGCCUUCCUUGAAGACAGUGUUUCUCCUGAAGCUUUGGUCCAUGAUCUUUCCGUGCUCUGACUAUCGCCAUGCUGUGAUGACCCCGUCGAUACUGUUGAUGUGUGAAUAUCUCAUGCGUUGUCCCAUCUCUUCUGGUCGUGAUGUUGCCAUUGGUUCCUUCUUAUGCUCCAUUGUUCUCUUGGUUGCUAAACAAUCUAAAAAGUUCUGUCCUGAAGCCAUACUAUUUAUCCGGACUCUUCUCAUGGCUGCUUCAGACGAAAAGUCACCAUCAUCUGAAGAAUCUGAGUUUUAUCAUUUUAUGGAGUUGAAAUCGCUGACUCCAUUGCUGUGCAUACAAGACGAGGUCAAAGAGGUCAUGCCACUAAACUUCCUAAAGAUAAUGGAUGAGCCAGCUGAUUCUCCAUAUUUCAGUUCUGAUGAAUUCAGAGCAAGCAUCCUCUCAAGCAUAGUGGAGACUCUCAAGGGGUUUGUGGAGAUAAGCGGAGGAUUAAGUUCUUUUCCAGAGAUCUUCAUGCCAUUCUCAACUUUAUUAAACCAAGUUGGGAAUCAAGAAAAGAUGCCAGAAACUAUCAAGGAGAAGUUUGAAGAUGUUGCGCAGCUAAUCGAAGAGAAAACCAGCGAGCAUCAAAAGCAACGCAGACCACUCACUUUGCGUAAGCAGAAGCCAGACGGCAUCAGAAUGUCCACUCCCAAAUUUGAAGCCAACUAUGUUAAAGGCAGGGAUUACGACCCAGACAAGUUCCGAUCGGAGCACAAGAAGCUGAAGAAGUUGUUGAAGAGCGACUUUAAGAAAGCAGCAAGUGAGCUGCGCAAGGACAACUACUUCAUCAGCGAGGUUAAAGCUAAAGAAAAGGCUGAGCAAGAGCAGGAGAGAAAGGAGAAGUAUGGCAAAAACUUGGCCUUCCUUCAAGAACAAGAACAUGCAGCUAAAUCUGGACAACUUGGUAAAGGCAGUGGCAGGAAGAGAAGACAUUGA